CCAUUGUUGUUUGGAGAGCCAAUGAGAGACGAAGGAAGCGCCAUAUUUACCGGUUUAUUGACAAGGGGGAGUGUGUAUAUAGGAUGUAGUUACAUUGAUGUUAUCACUAACUAAAGGUUAGAUAAAAUAUUGACUUGGCUAACAACGUGUGUUGGAGAAACUUUAUUUUGUUAUUUUACAACUUGUGUACCUAUCAACUAGUAGACAUUUUAAAACAAUGGCGCAACUUGAUUCUUUGCACUAGUAUACAUGGAUAAACUUUUGGCUAUUCAGCACACCUAUUACAAAUAAACAAAGUUAAUGUGUUUGCAUAUUGCACCGGAUAAACUUAUCGCAAACUUUUCUAAUAAUCACACACAAACACAAAACAGUAAUGGUAUUUUGAUCUGACAACGCACCGUGUAGCUUGUUGAGAGAGGGAUUGUUUUUAAGCCACUGGUAUCUACUGGAUUAAAUUGUCAUACCAUGUUCUAGUUGAAUAUCGUGUUAUCAACUUAUCGCAGAUUAUUACUCAGAUGAUAUCGCACUUUGAUGCCCUUUGAUUGACAACUUGGGGUCAAUAUUUGACCUGUGGGAUAUCCAGUAACUUAAACUGUCGGAUUAAUUUGUGUUAGUUUAUUAAAUUGAAGGAGAUAUUUUAGUUAGAUCAACAAAAUGAACAGCACAUCACCAUAUAUUCAUCCAGACUAUUAUAAUCCUCUCCAAUCACCAAUUGAUGCCAAAUCAAGCCCCCUUGCCUUGUUGGCAAAAACAUGCAAUGCUAUCGGCAAAGACAACCCUCCUGCAAAACCUGUACUGAAAUCAGUCGAGAAAAAAGAAAUUGAAAAGACUCAAAAUGGACAAUCUCCCGAAAAGCUUUCAAUACCAAAUGAACUGAAGGAUACCAAACAAGAAAAGGAGAAACCGGGCUUCAGAAUGAUUCAUCAUAAGGAUCAAUCUGGGAUAAAAACAAAGUCCCCGACUCCAACUAUUGUUAAACCCGAACAUGAAACCAAAAAAGACUCCACCUCUAUUCCAAGACUCUCUCCACCUAGUUCGAAAUCUAGUGAAUCUUCUGGUUCCCCACUUCGUUUCUCUAGCCCAAUCCACUCUAAACCAUCUUCUAGUCUGUCCCAUGACGUAGCCUACCCUUAUGGAUUAAAGCAAUCUAGUUCCUCGGGAUACCCUAGUUUAUCAGCUGCUUCGUUAGGGUAUCCUGGGCUGUCUUUACUUGGCCAAGGAUUAACUCCAGAAUUAGCUGCUUUAUACCAUUCACAAAUAUUGGCUCAGUCUGGAAUAUACGGAUACCCUGGAUCGUCUUCCCAACAACCUGCUCUUAAAGCUAGUGCUGCUGCCACCUCUCCAAUGAAUCCUUAUGUGAGUUAUACUCGGGUUAGGACAUCGUCAGGUGCUACAACUCUUGUACCGGUGUGUAAAGAUCCAUAUUGUACAAAUUGUCAAUUAACUCUUCAGACUGCACAUACAUCAACCACUUGUAAAACACCUGGAUGUUCCCAGUGUGCUCAUGAAAAGGCUUUAAUAGGAUUAGCUACUGGUUCGCCAGGCAUGGGAUUUGCCGGAAAUCCGUUGUCUUUGUAUCCACAACUUUCAUCUUUACCAUCUAGUGCUGCAGGACUUUCAUCUAUACAUGCUCUUUAUGCCCAUCCUCAUAGUGCUUUAAGUGCCCAUGAAGGACUACCAUAUGUGUGUAACUGGGUUUCAGGACAUGAUUAUUGUGGUAAACGGUUUAAUUCAUCAGAGGAUCUCAUGCAACACUUAAGAAGUCAUACAUCGAGUAUAGAAUCAGGUUUAACAGCUGGUUAUGGACUUCCGUUACCUUCGGGUCUUUCAACGGCUUCUGCAGGUUUAACUCAUUUAGGGGGCUCUACACCCAUUAGUCCCAGUGCAUUGCGUAGAGCCUAUCCAACUAGUCUUAGUCCUGGAAUAUUAGGUAGUAGUCGAUUUCAUCCUUACAAGUCGAACCUUGGAAAUGUAGCUACUACUUCAGCAGGACAACCAUUCUCCCCGCUGAGUGCUUACUACCCUUACUCAGUCUAUGCGCAACGGCUCGGAGCCGUUGUUCCGUAAAUCAGUUAUAUUUACAUUGAAUAAAUGAAUCGAUGGAAAAGUUAUUGUCGGUAGAAACAAAAGAGCAUUAUAAUUCGAGAGACUUCUGUGGAAUCGGAUGUAUACUCCCCCAUCCACUGUUCGCAUGUAUUAUUUGUGUUCUUUCUUUUGUGAAGAUCCGACCAUGAACUCCCAAGGCAAUGUUUUGCUACUGUUGGUCGUUCAAAUACAAUGGCAUCGCUCAUGCUCGACGAAAUCAUGUUAAAACUGAAAACAGAAAAAUAUAUUACAAAAGAUAGUACUUGAUGUGAAAAUUAACAAUUUUAAUUAUUGUUUGAAUUAUAUUUUUUAUGGUGCUAAGGUUAUUUUUUACAGAUGCAUUAUGUACGAGCCAAAUCGUCCUAUUGCCGGUCUUUUAUUGUGUUUUUAUAUAUUAUAUGACUUAUUAUUUAGACAUUCAUUCACAUGACAAGUCCAAAAUCAACUUUCUAGACUAUCGUAUGGCUGAGAUAUUGAGCGGUUAGACAAUGCCUGCCAUAUCUUCGUUAAAUGUUAAGAUAGCCGUUACUCACGGAAAUUACCGAUUGAACGCUUGAAAAUCGAGAUUGUUUGGGCUACUUCUUGUCAUAACUGCAAACAUUCAAAAUUUCGCUUAGGUAAUUAGACUGGAAUUGUUCCUUUUUUAUAAUCUAUUUUUAAAUUAUUAUAGCAAGAACGACCAGCUCUUUAUCUAAAUCUUACAUAAUGCAUCUUUAAUUGAAACAGAAUGUAACGUUAAGAUACCAUUUUAUCCAAGUGUUCCACAAUUUCUAUUAGUAAUGUCUAUAGUAUGUUAAGAAAUCCAUUUAAUAUAUUAAUUUUACUUCGUUCCAUAUGCUUACAGUAAUUAAUUUAAAUACUUUGUUGAUUGUUGUUUUGUUUUUGUUUUUAAAUAAAAGUUUU